AUGCCACCUCAAUCGCACCUCCAGCCACCAUCACCACCAUCACCGCCGGCUCCAGGCGCAGGUCUUAAUGUGAUCGCCCUCAUCUCCGGCGGGAAAGACUCUCUCUACUCGCUCCUCCACUGCAUCCGCAACGGCCACAGAGUGGUCGCAUUAGCGAACCUCCACCCCGCCGCCAAUGCGCAGCCAGCAAACACCACCAGCACCGACGCAUCACCAGUAUCAUCAUCUACUCCGCUACAACAUGUCCCGGAAGAGGAGGAACAAGACCUGGACAGCUUCAUGUACCAAACCAUCGGCCACAGCAUCAUCCCCCUCUACGAGACCGCCCUCGGCAUCCCGCUCUACCGCCAACCCAUCCGCGGCGGCGCCGUCGACACCUCCCGUAUCUACCGCUUGCAAGCCGAGGACCAAAUGGCGGACUCUCCCGGCCGUCAGGACAGCAACAACAGCAACAACAACAACAACAACAACAACACAAACAACGCCGAGGAACAAGAAGAUCAGGAGGAGGCCGACGAAACCGAAUCCCUGAUCCCGCUGCUGAAACGCAUCAUGCAGGCUCACCCGGAGGCCAACGCCGUCUCCGCCGGCGCCAUCCUCUCGACGUAUCAGCGCACCCGCAUCGAGAACGUGGCCGCCCGGCUGGGGCUGGUGCCCCUGGCCUGGCUGUGGCAGUAUCCCGUGCUGCCGGAUCGGCGGGCGACGGAGGCCGGCUUGCUGGAGGAUAUGGCGGCGGCCGGGUGCGAGGCGCGGAUCAUCAAGGUUGCGUCGGGCGGGUUGGAUGAAGGGUUCCUGUGGGGGGAUGUGGCGGCGGCGGAUGGGCGGGUGCGAGGGCGGAUUGUCAAGGGGAUGAGAAGGUUUGCGGACGCGGAGGAUAUUCGCGGCGCCGUGUUGGGGGAGGGCGGCGAGUAUGAGAGUCUGGCGCUGGAUGGGCCGGCUUGGUUGUGGAGGUGUCGGAUCGAGGUUGCUGGGUGGGAGGCUUGUGUUGGGGAUGGUGGCGUGGGGUUUGUGAGGUUGAAGGGAGCGAGGUGUGUGGGUAAGGAUGGGGAGGGCGACGGUGAGGGUGAUCGGGGCGGUCCGGAGAGUGUGAGACGGCCGGAUUUAUUGGAUGAGGGGUUUGAGGAGGUUUUGGGGUCUGUCUUGGGGGCUGAGGGUGCGUUGGCUGCUACGGGGGACGAGGAGGAGGAGAGGAGCUUGCUUGAUGUGGGCUCGAGGGGCUGGAGUGAUGGGCUUGAUCCGGUUCAGACUACGGAUGGGAGGACGUGGGUGAUUGCUAAUGUCACGGCGCCUGAGGCUGGUUCCGGCGCUGGUGAGCAGAUGAAGGCUAUUGCUGAGAAGAUUCAGACGAUUCUGCGCUCCUCCUCGAGCCGUGAGGUUCCUCGGACGACGGCUGAUAUUGUCUUCACUACGGUGUUGCUUCGCUCCAUGUCAGAUUUCCCCCUGAUGAACUCCAUCUACGUCUCGAUGUUCAAGAAGCCAAACCCCCCGGCGAGAGCUACGGUCGCCUGUGGUGCUAGCCUCCCAGAAGGCGUGAGUAUCAUGGUGUCGGCGGUGGUGGACCUGGGUUCGAGGGAGCAGCGGCAAGGCCUUCAUGUUCAGUCGCGUUCUUACUGGGCUCCCGCAAAUAUUGGGCCAUACUCGCAGGCCAUGUCGGUACCUCUGCAGGGCCCCGAGCAAUUAGUGUACAUCGCUGGCCAGAUUCCUCUCGAGCCGGCCUCGAUGGAGAUAUAUGGCCUCGAGGAGACGUGGUUCAAGGGCUUUUCUUCGCGAGCGGUCCUGUCUCUUCAACAUCUAUGGAGGAUUGGUGUGGCUACCAACAUCAACUGGUGGUUGGGAGCUGUCGCUUUCCUGACGGGAGCCGAUCAUAUCAGAGAGAGAGCUAAGAUAGCUUGGAAUUUGUGGGAAACAAUGCACCACAAUCAAGAAGAGGAAGAGGAUGCCGACGACGAGUCGGGUCUGGAUGCGUGGGAUCUCAAGUAUGGUGGACGAGCCCACGAGCAGGUCAAGGGUGUCUCGAAGCCCGGACUACCGCGGUUCGAUGUGGUGCAGUCGGAGGGAUCUAUGAUCCCUGCUUUCUUCGCCGUGCAGAUAGAAGAACUGCCUCGAGGAAGUGAUAUUGAGUGGCAGGGUCUCGGUUUCCGAUGCGAUAAACUCAAAAUAACCACUGAAGAACUGGAGUAUGGACGUCAGACCGUGGUGACCACUGGCCAGGAUUUGGGCUACAUCGGCAUCGAGGUGGAUGCGAAAUGGUCUGGGCCUGACUUCGAGUCUUGCCUCCGGUCGAUCCUGCAGAACUCCACGCAAGGGUCGAAGAGCCCCCAUGUAGUCAUAUACACGACCCAGCCAUUGUCCAAUGAUCCAUCCUGGGGACAAAUCGUUCCCUGCAAAUCGGCUUGGGGAUCGAAGGGUCGGCAGCUGGCCGCGGGGCGAAAAAAACCCGCUCCCGCCUAUUCAGGGUCAAAUCUUUCGAGCCAGGAGGAAGAUGGGCUACUUCCCAACAAAGAUCCUGCAUCGGACCCCGAAGCUCACAAUAAUCUCCGACACUUCUCCCGAUCGCCCCAUCCUUACACUCGUCCGGGUUCCUCGCUGCCUGUGGACCCCGGCGACCGAGCGAAGCCCUCCCGCUGGCCCCGGACCUCGAGUGACAGCGGCACAGAAGCCGACGAUGAGAGUACAGGUCUUUUAAGAGGGUUGCCGGCCCCUCCGCUGCGACCGCGAAAAGGAUUGCGUUCGAGCAUCCAUGGCGCAGGCGAGAUCGAUCAGUGGCUCCCCAUCUUGCGCCCGUGGCCGUCGAUAACACGGUCCACCUCGCGGAGUUCGCGGCGGAGUUCUGGAGAGGAUGCGGAAGUCGGGCCAGCCGAGCUACGUGAACAGGAAUACCGCAGAAAACGGGUUGCCAUCCUACAAAGGCUACUGGAAACCGCACUACUGCUCUCAGUGGGGGUUGUUGUCCUGGGACAGGAGAGCGUGAGAGUAGCCGCUUGGGCCUGGAAAAAAGAGCUUGCCACCUUUUUGGUCAUCGUGAUCGGUCUCUACACCGCAUAUCCUCUGCAUCGCGACGGCCGCCCGCGACUUUCUCGCCUGUCCACCUUUGUCGUCCCUUCCGCCUUCGAUCCCGCUCCGUUGCUUUACCCCGUAUUGAUACCCAUCUACGUUUCGCUGUCUCUGGCGCAUCACAAUCCUUCAUUGAUACUGCCUAAUAUUCUUCUCGGUCUUUCAUCUCUCCCUGUCAAAGUCGUCCCGCUGCGCGAAUGGAUCCACGGUUAUAGUGUUGUCCAUUGGCUGGUCACAUUGAUCCCGAUUGUCGUUUCGGAGCAUCUGUCGGCAGGUCCUUCAUGGCCGAAACCACUAACUCUUCGUGGCCUGGACGCCGAAGUCUUGACUCUUAUUUUUCCUUUCCAUCAAGCGUUGAUACCCACUCUAGAUUUCUUGUUGACUACCAGCAUCCUUCCCGCAGAGCUGCAGCUUCUAACCACCGCUUUAAUCAAUCUGUACUUAUUUGCAACAUCCCCCCAGGCCGAAAUCCUCAAGGCGUUGCUAUGGCUGGGAGGCAUGUGCACCUUCAUCGCUUGCCGGGGUGUGCUACGAUGGGAGGUUGCCUUGGCUCGAAUCCCGACCUGGAAGUUCCGGCGAUCCCCUAGUGCUUCGCAGUCGCCUCGCAGCAUCUUCAAUGCGAUCGAUCACAAACUCUGCCAAAAGCUCAGCAGAACAGGCUCCUCGGAAGAUAAUCUUUCUGAUAGUGAUUCGGCCGAUGGGGGUUAUGUGCUGGUCUCCCGCAAAACGAUGUUCGACUCGCGAGACAAGACGCUGUCCCACGGGCUAAGCAUCGGCAAGCACAACAAUACGGGCAUGGAGGGUACUCGCCGGCGAUCCCGUACCGCGCAUCGCCGACGACACACUUUUUCGAGCUUCGACGAUGUCAAACGAGCGGAGAAAGUUAGGACGACACCGGGAGGUCGCAAAAAGCGAUCAAUGGCCCCCGGACUAGCCUCCUUCCUAUCGCUUACUGUACCUCAAGCACAAGUCCGGAAAUGGCUGUAUGCCCUGUAUGUUUACAUCGCCGUUCUGAUUAUUGUCAUGGUGCCCAUUCGGUACUAUGUCAGUGAUCGAGCAUUGCAGAAUGGGGAGCCCUUUGGGUGGGCAUUGGGGUACCUCUUCGGUAAUAUAUCUGGUUUUAGGUUCUGGGUGCUUAUGUGGGGCUUGGAGUAUUGGAUACCUCUUCCAGCUCGUCUGGACAGCGACCCCUCCAAUGCAUCAUGCCCGUUUGGCUGGGUUGAGCAUCUGCGGCAAGAUACGUUCGGGGAGGCCAAUUCGCGCCUCCUGAUUGCUGCCUAUUGCAUCCUGGUACUUGUGACCGGCCUGGCUGUUGUGCUACAACUCAGUCCAAUCGCAGAGGUCGACACCCGACGCAAGGUUUUUCACGGGAUGAUGGUCUCGAUGUUCCUUCCGACCAUUUAUAUUGACCCCCUGUUCUGUGCUCUCGCGUUGAGCCUCGCCUUGGCUAUCUUCCUGCUCCUCGACUUGUUCCGAGCCUCUCAGCUGCCACCGAUCUCCCGACCGCUGACGUAUUUCCUGGCGCCCUACGUGGACGGUCGCGAUCAUCGCGGUCCCGUCAUUGUCUCCCAUAUUUUUCUUCUCAUUGGAUGCUCGAUCCCCUUAUGGCUUUCCCUGGCCGAUGUUCCUCGGACAGGAGAAUAUCCAUGGGUGGGUUGGGACGUAAUGAGUCGCGAUGUCAGCAUGGUGAGCGGCAUUAUCUGUGUCGGGAUGGGCGACGCGGCGGCCUCCCUCAUCGGUCGCCGGUUCGGCCGGCGGAAAUGGUUCUGGGGCGGGGGGAAAUCGUUGGAGGGCAGCGUGGCAUUUGCAGUCGCUGUAACCAGCGGGCUGAUUGUUGCACGAACCUGGCUUACCCUGGGCCAAUGGUCCACGGACGGAAGUGACGGGACGAAUCUCAUAUACCCCUGGCUCCUGAUGGUGUCCAAAGCCAUUCUCGCAGCCGGCGGGACAAGCGCAACCGAAGCUAUUCUGACCGGGUGCAAUGACAAUGUCGUUGUACCGGUUGUGCUGUGGCUGUUAGUGAGAGGGCUUGGUAUUUAA